AUGGCUUCUUUCAAUUACAUGUUCUUGACCUUUGUCCUGGCUUUGUCAUUUGCAAGCUUUGAUGUUGGGUUUGGAGCCCGUCAUCUUCUGCAACUGCCUCAGUUACCUCCAUUGCCAGCGAUCCCAAAUCUGCCAAUGCCAACGAUACCAACAUUGCCAACGACUCAACCAUCUUUGCCGAGGCCAGGCGCGAUGCCUCCACUCCCCGCCAUGCCUAACAUGCCCACUUUGCCGAAUGUACCAAGGGCCACUUUGCCACCAUUACCAAGCUUUCCCACAAUCCCAAGUACGAUCCCUUCUAUCCCAUUCCUCUCCCCGCCACCUGCACCGUCUACUCCAUGA